UUAUAGCAGGACUGUGGCGGGCAUUCUGACACUGGGGGGAACUGAUUUGGUGUCACUGACAUCCCCAAUGACACCAAUACAGUGAUCGGUGCUAAAAAAAAAAGCACUGACACUGUACUAAUGGCACUGGGCAGGAAGGGGUUAACAUGUGGGGUGAUGAAACUGUUAACUGUGUGCUGUUUUACUCCGUGCUGUGUCCAUCACACUGCUUUGGAUGGCUGUGCUAUGCACAGCCAUCCAAAGCAGUGUGCACGUGCUGACAGGGAGGAGAACUGUAUUGUAUACAUACAGUUCUCCUCCCCGUAAGAGAUGAUCGUGAAUCAC